AUGAUUUAUUUGAAGACUCUCCUCAACGUCAUCGAUAAUUCGGGAGCUCAGGUGGCCGAAUGUAUCAAGGUUCUCCGCCACGGGCCUCGCAACUUUGCCAAAGUGGGUGACGAAAUCACCGUGGUCAUCAAACAGGCGAGACCCAUGAACACAGAAAUCACCGGCCAGAGCGCCAACAACAGAGUCAAGAGAAGAGACAUCUGCCGUGCUAUAGUGGUGAGAACAAAGGCGCCCUUCAGAAGACCCGAUGGGUCUGUGGUCCGUUUUGACGAUAAUGCGUGUGUGUUGAUCAACAAGAACGGCGAUCCUUUGGGAACCAGAGUUUCUUCGGUUGUGGCGAAGGAGUUGAAGGCGUUGGAAUAUAACAAGAUCGUGGCGUUGGCCCCGAAAAUCUUCUGA